AGGUUAAAGUUAUCUCUUAUCGAUAACACUACACAAGCGUUUUCAAGACAAGUGGGUAGUUCUUUUGGAGUAACCGACACUUCCUUAAGUAACUAGAUAUAGGAUUCAUAGUCUCACCUGUGAUUAAAAACUCAACGUCCUGUGGUUUGACCAUACUCCCGCACUCCCACCAGAUAAGACCAACAUUUAUUUUACGCCUUGUCAUCUUAGAGAAUAAUAUCGACAAAAACAAAUAAUUACUUGUUCAAAUCCAAAUAGUUCGUUGGAUACUCAUUGUUAUAGCUAGAUAUAAAAACAAGUUCCAGUUUUCUUUUUUUGCAUCAUGAUUAGUACCCGUGUAUAUUCUACGGCCAGAGUUUAUGCCGAUGUCAAUGCCAACAAGCCACAAGAAUAUUGGGAUUAUGAAAACCACAAAAUACAUUGGGGGGAUAUUAGAAAUUAUGAAAUCAUCAGUAAAAUAGGCAGAGGAAAGUAUUCUGAAGUGUUUCAAGGUGUUAAUGUUUUGAAUGACGAGCCAUGUGUUAUCAAGGUAUUAAAACCAGUCAAGUUGAAAAAGAUUUAUCGUGAAGUUAAAAUAUUACAAAAUUUAACCGGAGGUCCUAAUGUCAUAGGUCUUCUUGAUAUUGUGAGAGAUGAACAGUCCAAGAUUCCUGCAUUAAUCUUUGAAAGAAUUAGCAAUGUUGACUUUAGAGUGUUGUAUCCUAAGUUCACCAUCAAAGACAUUCAAUAUUACUUUACCCAAUUAUUAAUUGCAUUAGACUAUUCUCAUUCAAUGGGGAUAAUUCACAGAGAUGUUAAACCUCAAAAUAUUAUGAUUGACCCUCUAUCCAAAAAGUUGAGAUUAAUUGAUUGGGGAUUGGCUGAAUUUUACCAUUCUGGUAUGGAUUAUAACGUUAGAGUAGCAUCAAGAUACCACAAGGGACCAGAAUUAUUAAUUAAUUUACAACAAUAUGAUUAUUCACUUGAUUUGUGGUCCGUCGGGUGUAUGCUUGGAGCAAUUAUUUUCAAAAAGGAACCUUUAUUUAGAGGAGACUCGAAUAAUGAUCAAUUGGUUCAAAUUGCAAAAGUUUUAGGAACAGAAAAUCUUAUGAAAUAUGUACAAAAGUAUGGAUUAAAAUUAAGCCUGGAUUACGACGACAUUUUGGGCAAUUACCCUAGGAAACCUUGGAAAUCGUUUAUUAACAACGAGAAUAGGCACUUGAUUAGUGAAGAGGUGCUUGAUUUAAUUGAUAAGUUGUUAACUUAUGACCAUCAAUUGAGACCUACCGCUAAAGAAGCAAUGGACCAUCCAUUCUUUAAGAUAUAGAUACUUAAUAUACAUUCUUAAUGAGUA